GACAGGUUAGAUUUAACAUUUCCCAACUUGAUACCAAAGGGAAAUUUGAUCUCUCUCGGAAAAAAUUGACACUCUCUCGUUACUCUUCACAGCUGCUUGGAGAGAAUAGUACUGGAAACAGAUACUACCUACUGUUAAUACGACUGGUGAAAUAGAGAGUAGUAUUUUUCAGCUAAUAAGACUGGUGAGAUGGAUAGUAGUAUCUACCGUUAAUAAGACUGCAUAACCUCCCUCAGUAACAGUUUGUGAAGAUCAUCAACUCUAAUGAUGACCUGUCUGUUGCAACUGUAUUCUAAAGUGUACGCGAUGGGUGUUGUAGUAGCCGAUGGAUCAUCGCCGACUAACGCCAACAGCCGCGUCGGAUGCGCUACGUUGUGUGUUUAUAAGACGUCGUGUUCCUCAUUCUUCUUCAACGGCCACACCGGAUCUUGUCACCUGCACACAAGAUGGAUCAACAAUUUGGUCUUAGAUCCUGCAGGCAAUGUGAACUACUAUGUAGUGUACCCAGAUGCCUGCCAAUUUGAGGGCUACCAGUUCAUUAGAAGAUCGGGAAUGUGUAUAAAAAUUGCAUCAGAUAAGAAGACGUGGACGCAGGCCAAAGCAGCGUGCGAAUCUGAUGGCGCGAGACUUGUGAAGAUUGACACAGCAGACAAAAUGUGGGACAUCUCAGACAUACUAGUGGCAGAGCAUCCAGGGAAUCCUUUUUUCAUAGGCGCAAGCGAUCCUAGCAAGAAUAAUUCGUGGCAAUGGACCGACGGGACAGCUGUGGAACAGUAUUGGUGGAACCCAAACGAACCGAGCGAUUAUCCGACGGAAGACUGCUUGAAAAUCAAUCAAAAUUAUCCUCGCUGGAAUGACGAUAUCUGUGGAAACCACAGAGACUACAUUUGUGAAAAGUUGUAACGUCUAUAUCUGUACAUGGCAUCGGUGUUUGUGAAACAAGUUGUAACGUGUAUAUCUGUACAUGGCAUCUGUUUUUGUGACACAAGUUGUAACAUCUAUAUCUGUACAUGGCAUCGGUGUUUGUAUAAACAAGUUAUAACAUCUAUAUCUGUACAUGGCAUCGGUGUUUGUGAAACAAGUUAUAACGUCUCUAUCUGUACAUGACAUCAGUGUUUGUAAAACAAGUUGUAACAUCUGUAUCUGUACAUGACAUCGGUGUUUGUGAAACAAGUUAUAACGUCUCUAUCUGUACAUGACAUCGGUGUUUGUGAAACAAGUUAUAACGUCUCUAUCUGUACAUGACAUCGGUGUUUGUGAAACAAGUUAUAACGUCUAUAUCUGUACCUGGGGCUUUUAUUCACUAACUCUCGCAACUUCGCGAUCUCGCAGUGCAACGCUAAAAGACUUAUAAAGAGGAUGCUUUGUUGUAUAGCAGAGCCUAAGAGAGCUUUGUGAAUUAGGCCCUGGUAUCUGUAUGUGUGAAAUGUUGUAAUAUAUAUAUAUCUGUACCCAAUCUCUUUGUUUGUGAAAUGUUGUAAUAUAUAUAUACAAACAUGUGUAUAUAUAUAUAUAUAUAUAU